AUGGUUCUAGAAUUGAUGGGGAAGAAAGUUAAGAAGAAGGCAAGGGCGGCUCCUCAAAAGGACAAGUGGAUUGCAGCUGAUUCCCCAAAGAAAGCUCCCCAACCAAGCAACCCAAGUGUUAAGAAUGGUGAUAAUGCAGUUUCAGUUCCAAAAGAGAAAAAACCUUGUCCUCAUGUUGACAAAGGUGUAGAUUUGAAUAAAUUGUCAGCUAAAAUUGGGUCCUCAGAACUUGUUAGGUGCGAAGAUUGUAGGGAAGGGGCGCUUGAUAGGAGAGGGGGUAAAGGAAAGGGCAAACAUGGUAAGAAGAAAGGAAGUGCUUCAGUGGAUUCAAAAUCUGAGUCAAAAGCCAUUUGGGUUUGUUUGGAAUGUGCUCAUUAUUCUUGUGGAGGGGUUGGACUGCCUACAACCCCUCAAUGCCAUGCACUUCGGCAUGCGAGGCAAACUCGUCACCCAUUAGUGAUCCACUUCGAAAACCCUCAGUUGCGGUGGUGCUUCUCUUGUAGCAUGCUUAUUAAAAUUGAUAAGAUGGAAGAGAAUAGUGAACAAAAAGAUGUGUUUUCGGAUGUUGUGAAAUUAAUAAAGGGUCAUUCAUCGGAGGAGUCAUCUGUUAAUGUUGAGGAUGUGUGGUUUGGUAAUGGCAGUGUGACAAGUGACAUCAAAUCAGCUAACAAUAUAUCAAGUGAUUUGGAUGGGAGAGGUGGUUAUAUGGUGAGAGGGUUAGUUAAUCUUGGUAACACUUGCUUCUUUAAUUCUGUCUUACAGAAUAUUCUAGCUAUAGAUAGGCUGCGGGGUUACUUCUUAAAUGUUGAUGCAUUUUCUGGAGCUCUUACUAUUUCCUUGAAGAAACUCUUUACUGAAACAAAACCAGAGGCAGGAUUUAGGAAUGUGAUAAACCCAAGAGCGUUUUUUGGGUGUGUCUGUUCCAAGGCUCCCCAGUUUAGGGGUUAUCAGCAGCAAGACAGUCAUGAAUUGCUUCGUUGCUUACUGGAUGGCUUGUGCACUGAGGAGUCGAGUAUGAGGAAACGUAUAAGUUCUUCCCGGGAAAAUGGGAAUUCAUCAAAUCCAGGUCCUACUUUUGUGGAUGCUGUAUUUGGGGGGCAAAUAUCAAGUACCGUUUCUUGCGUCGAAUGUGGCCACUCCUCUACUGUCUAUGAGUCAUUUUUAGAUCUGUCACUGCCAGUUCCAACCAGGAAAUGCCCACCUAAGACAGCUCAACCUACCUCUCGAGCAAAGAAGACAAAGUUGCCACCCAAGAGGAGUGGAAAGGUUCGGUCGAAAAUUAACAAGGACAAGAGUUCUGCACCAUCAUCAAGUGUUGCAACCCCAUCAACCAGCAGCGAGGUUUCUAGCCAGCCACAAUCCGGUUCAACUGACCCAGAUGUGGUUGAACAAUGGGGUUUAGUUAUGAAGAAUCUCUCUGCUGUCCAAGAAUCUGAAAAUGAACAAGUCUUUGAGGAUGCAGCAGAGCAAACAUCAACUUUGUUGAAUGACUGUACGUGGUUGGAUUAUCUUGAUAUGGGAAAUAUGUCAGAUGACAAUGAUUUCGUUUCACAAAACAAUGAUGCUUCAACUGUUCAAGAUUCUGAAAACAAGAAUGCACUUAAUGAUAUCUUGCUGCAGCCUGACUCUGAAUCUGGUAAUCAGGUUUCUACGCUUAGUGGGGAACCAAAUGUAAAACCUGACUUUUCUUUAGUGAAUCCUUGGGAGGAAGAGCUCCCAUUACAGGUUCAGGGUUCUGAAGUUUUGUUGCUUCCAUAUAAAGAAGAGUGUUCUGUCACUGAGGAAAUCAUAGGAAGAGAAGAUGAGGCCUCUUCAUCGGUUGUGGGUGGUGGACAAGAUGAAUUUGAUGGUUUUGGGGACUUAUUCAAUGAGCCGGAGGUUGCUGCAGGGCCCACUGCAAGGCCCUCUGUUGGUGAGGGAGUAACAGAAACUGGUUUCGUAGCUAGCGAAUCUGAUCCAGAUGAAGUUGAUGAUAGUGAUUCUCCAGUGUCUGUUGAGAGUUGUUUGGCUCAUUUCAUAAAGCCUGAGCUUCUUGCCAAUGAAAAUGCUUGGCAUUGUGAGAACUGUUCCAGAACUCUUCAACGCCAAAGGUUGGAAGUAAAGAAGCAGGUAAAAUCUUCAGCUCAAAUUUUCAUAAAUGGAUGUGAGACUAGAGCGGAAAGUGAUUCACUGAGUUUAAAUAUGGGCCUGUGCCCUGCUGAUGUCAGAAAUCUUAGUAAUGGGAAUUUGAAUAGCAGUACUGGUUGUAACCAUUUUGGUGAAGACUUGCAUGAUGGGAAAAUAAAUUGCUCAUCAAUUGAGAAUGGUCGAUCAGAUAAGCUGAAUGCUGCUGUUCGUCAACAAGAAGAAGGAAACAACGAGAUGAAAGAUGCACUUCCAGUGCAAUCAAAUACUUCAGAUUGCAAUAACACUUGCAGUCGAGAAAGUUACAUUGAUCAAGCAAUUGAGUCUUGUGCUGACGAGCCUAGAACUGCAGGAUGUACCUCUGACAAUGUUCCACAGACUUAUUCUGGGAUAUUGGAUGGUAAACAUGAAUCAGAAGAAAGUGAAGACGAGGAAAUAAAUUCCAAAUGUGUGAAGGUGAAGAGGGAUGCGACUAAAAGGGUCCUCAUUAACAGGACCCCACCUAUUUUGACUAUUCAUCUCAAGCGGUUCAGCCAAGAUGCUCGUGGCCGCUUAAGUAAAUUGAACGGCCAUGUCAGUUUCAGAGAAAAAAUUGAUCUUAGACCAUAUAUGGAUUCCAGGUCCACAGAUGGAGAGAAGUAUGAAUACCGCCUAAUUGGGGUUGUGGAGCAUUCUGGGACGAUGAGAGGGGGCCACUAUGUUGCAUAUGUGAGAGGGGGUGAAAGGAGCAGAGGAAAAGCUGAGAAAGAAAAUAAUGGUCAUGUGUGGUAUUAUGCUAGUGAUGCACAUGUGCGUCAAGUUUCCCUAGAUGAGGGCCUUCAGACUAGCUGA